UUCCCAAUCUUUAGAAAGAUCGCCAAUCUUUCUUCCCGUCUUGGAAAGCUGAGCAGACUCGACACCCGUUACCUCUCGUCUGGUCUCUGUCGCCACUGUGAUCUUUAGAGAGUGCUGCUUAACCCUGUUAUCCAAUAGAGUGCCGACAAGGUGGUGGCAACCGGCCCCUUUCCCUCGCCCCUACGUGUGGUGCUGAAAAGGACAGUGCCGACGUCGCUUGCUCUGCUCUUUCAUCCGUCAGUGGAGAUGACCGGAGCAAACUCCGAAGCAGAACUCUGGAGCAAAAUACCGGCGGUGGAAGGCAAUGGGGUGCCCGAUCCAAACGUCUCCUCUGCCCCACGGCUGUUCACCUGGGAAGAGAUUGAGCUCUGCACGGGCCAGAAACAUCCACCUCGGGACCGGUGGCUGGUGAUUGACCGGAAGGUGUACGACAUCGGUCAGUUCUACAAGAAACACCCAGGGGGCUCCCGCGUGAUCAGCCACUAUGCAGGACAGGACGCCACGGAUCCUUUCAAAGCAUUUCACAAAGACAAAACUUUGGUACGGAAGCACAUGAAGUCACUUCUGAUUGGAGAACUGGCACCUGAUCAACCCAGCUUUGAACACAACAAAAAUAAAUUGCUAGUAAAGGAAUUCCGGGAGCUGCAAACCACUGCCAAGAAACUGGGACUCCUGAAGCCCAACUCCCUCUUCUUUAUCGUGUUGCUCCUGCACAUCUUACUGCUGCGUGCUGCUGGUUGGUUUGUCCUGUGGUACUUUGGGACAUCUGUUAUGUCUUUCCUUAUUGCCACAGUGAUGCUGACAUUGUCUAUGUCCCAGGCAGGUUGGCUACAGCAUGAUUUGGGACACCUUUCAGUCUUCAACAAUCCAAAACUGAACCACGUGGGCUGUGAGUUUGUGGCCGGCUUUCUGAAGGGAUUAUCAGCCAAAUGGUGGUCCUUCCACCAUGACCAGCAUCAUGCCAAACCCAACUGUUUCCAGAAGGACCCAGAUCUUGACAUACAUCCUGUCAUGUUUUCAUUAGGGGAAACACUAUCUAUAGAGUUGGGUAAGCAGAAAAAGAAGAUCAUGCCUUACAAUUAUCAGCACAAGUACUUUCCCAUCAUGAUGCCCAUAGUUGUAUUCCCAGUCUUUCAGAUUUACUCAGUAUAUUUCACAUUCCAACGCAGACUAUGGAGGGACUUUGUAUGGAUUAUGGCACAUUUUGCCCUAUACUUAGCUGCCUUUGUGCCUUUAUUUGGACUGGUGGACGCUUUUGGAUUCUAUUUCCUGAUCAAUACUUUGGAUGGUGCCCAAUUUACAUGGAUAUCCCAAAUGAGCCACAUUCCUAUGACCAUCAAUUAUGAUAAGAAUAUGGACUGGUUCUCUACCCAGCUUCAGGGAACCUGCAACGUGAAUCAAUCUUUCUUCAACGAUUAUAUAACAGGACACCUGAAUUUUCAAAUUGAGCACCACCUUUUCCCCACCAUGCCUCGACACAACUUAUGGAAGGUGUCUCCUUUGGUUAAAUCUUUGUGUGCCAAACAUGGGAUUGAGUAUCAGUCAAAGCCCCUGUUCACUGCUUUUGCAGACGUACUAAAAUAGAAGACUUAUAUGGCAUAGACUUAUGGACUAUAGAUAGAAGAUUCUUCCAGAAUGCUCUCUUCACUCUGUUCGGUAUCUUGAAGCUGUGAGUUGGCCUCCUGCUGUUCAACACCCUCAGAGCUCCCUCUAGUGGUCAAAGAUGGUGAGGCCUCAGAUUUUUUACAUUGUUUAGUCAUCUUUAAAAGAAGGUUUCUAGCUACCCAAGGCUUGUGAAACACCAUAGGAGAUUAGGAAAAAGGAGAAUGAGUAAGUGUGUGUGUGUGUGUGUGUGUGUGUGUGUGUGUGUAAGAAAAAGAGCUUUCUACUGCUGAAAGUGAGAAAACUAGAGGGGUCAAAAAGCCCUCAGGGGAAGAAAAACACGAGAUUACCCAAGGACUGGUUGUCUCUGGAGCAGGCAGGACAGAAAAACUGGGUGGGGUUCUCUAUAUAGAAGCAUCUUACCUCUGAGACUGGAGGUGGCCAUCAGACUAGUAGCCACUGAUAGACUAUGAAUCUGAAGUAGGGAGGAGAGCUGGUUUUGUGGGAGCAAGCAAGAAUUGUCCCCUUUGUUAAGC